GGUCAGUGAACCAGGAGCAUCUCCAGUAACAGAGCACUGCGAUCCUUCUCAACUCAUCAUGUCAUCUGUAUCUGUGAACAGUGAGCUUGUCUUCUACAUUAAUGGGAAGAAGAUAGUGGAGAAGAAUGCUGAUCCAGAAGAGAUGUUACUGGCUUACCUGCGAAGGAAAGUGGGUCUAACAGGCACAAAGUAUGGCUGUGGUGGAGGUGGAUGUGGGGCCUGUACUGUUAUGGUGUCCAGAUAUGACCCUAUCCAGGAGACUGUGCUUCACUGGUCGGUAAUUGCAUGUCUACAGCCCAUUUGUUCUCUGCAUGGUGCGGCGGUGGUGACCGUCGAAGGCAUUGGAAGCACCAAGACGAAACUACAUCCUGUUCAGGAGCGUAUAGCAAAGGCUCAUGGGUCUCAGUGUGGGUUUUGUACCCCUGGGAUGGUGAUGUCCAUGUACACAUUACUUAGAAAUAACCCACAGCCCACCAUGGAGGACAUUCGAGAGACACUAGGAGGGAACCUAUGCCGUUGUACUGGAUAUCGACCAAUAAUUGAUGGAUUUAAAACAUUCUGCAAUACUCCGAUAUCUUGCCAAAAUGGUGACGGAAAUGGAAAAUGUUGCAUGGAAAACAGCAAUUCUCACAACAAUGAAUCUAUUAUAUCUGGAGAACUUUUCAGCAUGGAUAAUGUCUUACCCCUUGACCCAACUCAGGAUUUGAUCUUUCCCCCAGAGUUACUGAUUAUGGGAAAGAAAAAAGCUGAACGACUUUCUUUCCAUGGUGAAAAGGUCAGGUGGAUUUCCCCAGCAGAUCUGAAAGAUUUAAUCAAGCUGAAAUCUGAAUACCCCAACGCACCUCUAUUGAUUGGGAACACAACCAUAGGGCCAAAGGUGAAUCUGAAGGGAACUGUCCAUCCUUUGGUGAUCUAUGGUGGAAGUAUUCCAGAACUUCGAACUAUCAAAUGGAGAAACAAUGGUGUAACUGUAGGGGCAGGAUGCAGUUUGUCUGUUUUGAAGGAUGUCCUUCUGCAAGGAAUCGAGGAACUCGGGCCAGAGAAAAGCAGGGUUUACCAGGCCCUCGUUCAAACAUUACAGAGUUUGGCCAGCAAACAGAUACGCAACAUGGCUACCAUUGGUGGAAAUAUCCUGAGUGCCAACCCCAAAUAUGACUUGAGCAGCAUUCUAGCAGCGGCAGAAUGCACACUAUACAUUGUUUCUAAUGAUGGUGCUCGAGAGAUUUGUCUAAGUGAAGAGUUUUUCACAGACUUUGGUAAAACAGCUCUACGACCAGAUGAGAUUCUGCUGGCUAUUGAAAUUCCUCACUCAAGACCGUGGGAGUUUGUGUCAGCAUUUCGCCAGGCACAGCGCAGAGAGUUCGCCUUCUCCAUAGUGAAUUCUGGCAUGAAGGUGGCAUUCAGACAUGACUCAAAUGUAGUGGAAAACCUAGACAUUUUUUAUGGAGGUGUGGGACCCACUCUGGUAAAAGCCAGACUCACCUGUAAAGAGCUUAUGGGAAGUAAAUGGGAUGAGAAACUUCUGGUAG